AUGGACGACCUCUAUGAACUAGAACUCCUCUCCUUGGUAUCGCGGAUCACAUCAGAACUCCAAAAUCAUCUUGGAAUCCUCGACAAGACUCUAGCAGAAUUCGUUAUUGCCCAACAUGAAAAAUGCCAGUCUAUCACAGAUUUCAAGUCGCAGAUGGACGCAAUGGGAGCGGACUUCCCCCAAAGCUUAGUCGAGAGUAUAGACCGCUUGGUCUUGACGAUACACCCAAAACAUAAGGCCAAAGGACGGGGGAAGGAAGUACAAAAUAAUGAACAAAGUGCCCCUCUUGAUGCAAUAGACCGCAAGACGAGAAUCUUUAAGGGCUUAGCAGUGCCUGACAAAGAGAGCGUAUGGCAGGACGAAGAACAUGAGGACGUCACAAGUAAUGGCAAGCCUUCGGUGGGCACCUUAGACGACACCUUUGCUAUGCUUGAGGGCUUAGCGGGGAAACCGAGGGCACCAGCUACAUCCAACGGCAGAAAAAGGAGUCGGAGUCCGGAUGACAUCGAUGGCGGGAUUGGAAAAAAGACAAAAUACAGGUCAAGAUCAAGAUCAAGAUCAAGAAGUAGAAAGGUUCAUAGCGGACGCGGAAGGCAUGAACAUGAGCACGGGUUCGGCAGAUCACGUAACGGCUUUCACGAUGAUGAUGAUGAUGAUGAUGAUGAUGGACGAGGACGAAGACGUGGAGGUGAGAGCAAGAGACGGCAAAAUCACAACGAUGACUACGACAUGUUCAAGAGACCGCCCAUUCCAGAGAUUGAUGAUGAGCCCAAGAUUUUCAAAGUGUAUGAUGGGACAGUGACUGGUGUAAAGGACUUUGGUGCUUUCGUCAAUAUCAAAGGUGUGAAGGGCAAAGUCGAUGGAUUGGUACAUGUUUCGGCUCUCCAAGAAGGCGCCAGAGUAAAUCAUCCUUCAGACUUAGUCUCACGAGGUCAGCCUGUGAAAGUUAAGAUCGCUCGUAUAGAGGGAAGCCGUAUAUCGCUUUCCAUGAAGGACGUCGACCAGGACACGGGCCGAGAUUUCAGGCCACAACAAAGAAUAGCAUCUGGGGCAAACAUGGAAAGAAUGGCAAACGGCGCCGGGCGACACGACCACCUGGGGUUGGAUGUGCCUGUAGUAGAAGAUGAUAUUGGCGGCAAACCCAUGCGGCAUAAAAAGAGAAUGACUUCGCCCGAAAGAUGGGAGAUCAAACAAUUAAUUGCAUCUGGAGCCAUAUCUGCGUCGGAAUAUCCCGAUAUUGACGAAGAAUACAAUGCUACACUUAAUGGAGAGGGUGACUUUGAGGAAGAACAGGAUGUCGAUAUUGAGGUCCGGGAAGAGGAACCUCCUUUCUUGGCUGGUCAGACAAAACAGUCCCUCGAGCUCUCGCCUAUAAGAGUCGUCAAAGCACCUGAUGGUUCUAUGAAUCGUGCGGCUAUGGCAGGAACGUCGUUGGCGAAGGAGCGGCGAGAUUUGCGGGAACAGGAAGCACGAGACAAGGCAGCUGAAGAAGCAUCGCAGGUAGAUCUCCAAGCACAGUGGCAGGAUCCAAUGACAGCUCCGGAUCAACGCAAAUUUGCGAGCGAUAUUCGUAACCCGCAAGCGCACAAGGCCCCAGAUGCAAUUCCAGAAUGGAAACGCGUUGUGCAAAACAAAGAGCAGUCCCUGGGCAAGCGAACCUCUAUGUCAAUUAAAGAGCAACGAGAAUCUUUACCUGUCUUUAAAUUCCGCAAGCAGCUACUUGAAGCUGUCCAUCAAAAUCAACUUCUUGUUGUCGUUGGUGACACAGGGUCUGGCAAAACUACACAACUGACACAAUUUUUGGCCGAGGAUGGCUUCGCAAACGAUGGCAUGAUUGGGUGUACUCAACCUCGCCGUGUGGCAGCGAUGUCUGUUGCUAAACGUGUCGCAGAGGAAGUUGGAUGUACCUUAGGCCAGGAAGUUGGAUACACGAUUCGGUUCGAAGACCAAACAAGCCCUGAGACUAGAAUCAAGUAUAUGACGGAUGGUAUGCUCGAGCGAGAAGUGUUACUUGACCCAAAUCUGAGGAAGUACUCUGUGAUCAUGCUGGACGAAGCUCACGAGCGAACGAUAGCUACGGACGUACUAUUUGGUUUGCUGAAGAAAACGUUGAAAAGAAGACCAGAUCUAAAGGUCAUUGUCACUUCCGCAACCCUUGAUGCAGACAAAUUUUCUGAAUACUUCAACAAAUGUCCCAUAUUCACGAUUCCUGGACGUACUUAUCCCGUUGAGAUCAUGUAUUCGCGGGACCCUGAAUCUGACUAUCUUGAUGCUGCAUUGGUCACUGUCAUGCAGAUACAUUUAGCUGAACCACCUGGAGAUAUCCUACUCUUUUUGACUGGCCAAGAAGAAAUUGAUACAAGCUGCGAAAUUUUAUUUGAAAGAAUGAAAGCACUUGGUCCUAGUGUACCUGAGCUUAUCAUUUUACCUGUCUACUCAGCGCUACCUAGUGAGAUGCAGAGCCGAAUAUUUGAGCCAGCGCCCCCAGGAAGCCGAAAAGUUGUUAUCGCCACAAACAUUGCCGAAACCUCUGUGACCAUAGAUGGUAUCUAUUAUGUGAUCGAUCCUGGCUUUGUCAAACAGAACGCUUACGACCCGAAGCUUGGUAUGGACUCGCUGGUGGUCACACCCAUAUCACAGGCGCAGGCUAAGCAAAGGGCUGGCCGUGCUGGACGAACAGGCCCUGGUAAGUGCUUCAGACUGUAUACAGAAGCGGCCUUUCAAUCGGAGAUGCUUCCGUCCUCAAUACCUGAGAUUCAGCGCCAAAACCUAUCUCACACCAUUCUCAUGCUCAAAGCUAUGGGAAUCAAUGAUCUCUUACACUUCGACUUUAUGGACCCGCCACCUACAAACACAAUGUUGACAGCUUUAGAAGAACUCUACGCUCUUUCUGCAUUGGACGAUGAAGGUCUGCUGACCCGAUUGGGCCGGAAGAUGGCAGACUUUCCCAUGGAACCAGCUCUUGCGAAGGUGUUAAUCUAUUCUGUUGACAUGGGCUGCUCGGACGAGUUGCUUAGCAUUGUGGCCAUGGUGUCCGCCGUCCAAACAGUGUUUUACCGGCCAAAGGAGAAGCAGCAGCAAGCUGAUCAGAAGAAAGCCAAAUUUCAUGAUCCACAUGGAGACCAUCUCACCCUCCUCAAUGUGUACAAUGGCUGGAAAAACUCUAAAUUCUCCAGUCCCUGGUGUUUCGAGAAUUUCAUUCAAGCGCGGUCAAUGCGCCGUGCUCAGGAUGUCCGCCAGCAGCUUGUCAGUAUCAUGGAGAGGUACAAGCACAGGGUUGUCUCCUGUGGGAGAAACACGCAAAAGGUAAGACAAGCGCUCUGUUCUGGCUUCUUUAGGAACUCGGCAAGGAAAGAUCCCCAGGAAGGCUAUAAGACACUUGUGGAAGGAACGCCGGUGUAUAUGCAUCCCAGUUCUGCCAUGUUUGGCAAGCCGGCCGAGCAUGUGAUUUUUCAUACGCUGGUCCUAACUACGAAGGAGUACAUGCAUUGCACGACGGCUAUCGAACCAAAGUGGCUCGUCGAUGCAGCACCUACCUUCUUUAAAGUGGCGCCUACAGAUCGCCUAUCGAAACGAAAGAAAGCGGAAAGGAUUCAGCCUUUGCAUAAUCGGUUUGCAGGUGAAGACGACUGGAGACUCUCGGCACAAAAAAGGCAGGGUCGUGGAGGAGGGGGUGGGACUUGGGGCUAG